CACCCAUUUCCCAGCAUACACUUUUCUUCGCUCAACUUCAUUCCUUUUGUUUUCUUUCAAACCAACGAUUUACAUUCACCCACGAGAUUUGUUGUUGGUGAUUAUAUAGCAAGAGAAGAUUGAAGCAAUAUCAUAAAAUGAUUACUCCAUUUUCUCCCCAAUGAUUGUGAACCAAAACCCAACAAAAGAAAUGAAAGACAUGAACGACGACGGCGACAUCAACACCUGGCUCGGCUUCUCCCUCUCUCCCCACAUGAAAAUCGAACACCACUUCUCCUCCCACGCCCCUCCCACCACCACCUCCUACCUCACCAUCGACGACGCCGUGAUGCCCCUCAAAUCCGACGGCUCCCUCUGCCUCAUGGAAGCCGUCGCCCCGCAGCCCAAACUCGAGGACUUCCUCGGCGCCGCCUCCAACCCAGCCAUGGACUUUUACACCCACCAAAACCACUACUUCUCCACCAACUACACCUUCUACCACCACCAUCAAAUCCCAGAAGAGGAAACCUUCAAAGCAUGGGAGGAGAAUGCCAUGAGGUCGAAUGAAAUCCAAUCGCUGAGCUUGUCGAUGAGCCCGGGCUCGCAGUCCAGCUGCAUCACCGCGUCACGGCCGGCUGCGGCCAUGGGAAGCAAGAAGAGAGGGCCGGAGAAGCAGAAGCACACUGUUCACCGCAAGUCCAUCGACACAUUUGGCCAGAGAACUUCUCAGUAUAGAGGCGUCACAAGACAUCGUUGGACGGGUAGGUAUGAAGCUCACUUGUGGGAUAACAGUUGCAAGAAGGAGGGGCAGACCAGAAAAGGAAGACAAGUCUAUCUUGGUGGUUAUGAUAUGGAAGACAAAGCUGCCAGAGCUUAUGAUCUUGCUGCUCUUAAAUACUGGGGCCCUUCUACCCACAUCAAUUUUGGGCUCGAGAAUUACCAUCAAGAACUCGAGGAUAUGAAGAACAUGAGCCGACAAGAAUAUGUCGCCCACUUGAGAAGGAAAAGCAGUGGUUUUUCUAGGGGAGCUUCGAUAUACAGAGGUGUAACAAGGCAUCACCAGCAUGGUAGAUGGCAGGCGAGGAUCGGUCGUGUUGCUGGAAACAAGGAUCUCUACCUUGGAACAUUCAGCACGCAGGAGGAGGCAGCCGAGGCUUACGACAUCGCGGCGAUCAAGUUCCGGGGUGUGAACGCGGUCACCAACUUCGACAUUUCCCGGUACGACGUGGAGAAGAUCAUGGCCAGCAACACUCUGCCCACCGGGGAGGUGGCCCGGAGGACCAAGGAGGGGAGGUCUUCCGCUGAGGUUGCGUCCGUUGAGGAGCCGCCCCUUGCUGUUGCUGCUCGGGUCGAGCAUGUUUCCAACGCGUGUGAAUGGAAGAUGGUGCCCUACAACGAUGCCCCGGGGCAGGGGCAGGGGCAUCAAGGGAGCGUUGGCGUUGGCUCGCUUGAGGUGAAGACGUUGAAUCUCGGGAGCUAUCAAAGCCCUACGUUCUCCACUGGCCUGCACGAUUUAAUUGGUCUCGACACGAGCCAGAGGGCAGUGCAUGAGUCGACCACCACCACCAUGGCGCCCCACUUCUCGAACGCAUCGUCCUUAGUCACUAGCUUGAGUAGCUCAAGGGAGGCUAGCCCCGAUAGGUACGGGGACGGCCCUAGUAGGUUCGUGGGCCCCCCUAGCAACAUGGGAGGGUGGAUCCCGACUGCUCAGCUCAGGCCGGUGCUGCUCACCACGGCCCAGUUGCCAGCCUUUGCCUCAUGGAACGACGCCUGAAGGCUCCUUCGGGUGUCGUUACAUGGAUUUUCUUGAAGUGGGAAAAAAACAAUACCCCCUAAGAAAAUGGAGAAAAAAAAAUGGAUAUGUUGGCUAUAAGCUUUUUUUGUGUAAUGGUGGUAGACAUUGGAAAUCAUGAAAGGGGGACAAGGGUGGGAUCCAUUUAUAUCUAUUUGCAACUAAGUGUUAGGAGCUUUUUCCAAACUCAAAAAUGCUUUUUCUACCUAUUGGGAUAAAGAUUUUGCAAAAUGGAGGGAAUCUUGAUUUGGCUCUCUCAUGAUUAAAUCUUCCUUUGUAUUGAAGGUGCUUUAUUUAUAUAUAUAGCAUGUUUCACAUUAAUUCCA